GUUUGGAAUCGUAGCGGGUUCUACAAUCCUUUAUUUGUAGUGUUACAUAAAGAAAUAAUUUACUGUUUUUUUUAAGAAAAAGUGAACUGCUGCUGACUGUAUUUGCUAAAAGUGGGUGUGUUUAUUCUAUAAUAAAAUCAUCAUGAAAUUAUUUAUCUGUCUCGCCACACUAUUGGUGGCUUCUGCUUGCGCCGAAACAGCCAAAAAGUCAGAAGAAAAGGUUCCUUUAGAGAAGAAACUCGACAAACGUGGUCUUCUCGAUUUGGGUUACGGUUAUGGUCACUCCGGUUUGGAUGUCGGUUAUUUGGGACACGGUUCCAUUUCGCAUGGUCAUGGUUACGGACAUAGUGGUAAUGCCAUUAUUGCUCAUUCUGCACCCGCAGUAGCUUAUUAUGGUCAUUCUGGUUUUGCAGGUCAUGGUGGUGGUCACGGCGGCGGUGGUUAUGGCGGUUAUGGUGGUGGUGUUGUCAUCAGCGGUGGACAUAGCGCACCUCAGGAAUUCUUAAUCAGCAAAAUGGCCGAUGUACACAAGACUAUUACCAUCACCAAGGGUAUUCCCGUGCCACAUGUAGUCGAUCGUCCCUACCCCGUGGAACACAUUAAACACGUGCCCGUCCAUGUUAAGGUACCCGUGCCACAGCCCUAUGAAGUGAUCAGAAAGGUUGCUGUGCCCGUCAAGGAAUACGUUAAAGUGCCCGUGCAUGUACCCCAACCCUACGAAGUUAUCAAGAAGGUGCAAGUGCCCGUUCAAGUGCCCGUCGAUCGUCCCUAUCCCGUUAAGGUGCCCGUGCCCCAACCCUACGAAGUGAUCAAGCACGUGCAAGUGCCCGUUAAAGUACCCGUACCCCAACCCUACGAAGUCAUCAAGCAUGUGCAAGUGCCCGUUAAAGUACCAGUGCCAGUACCCCAGCCCUACGAAGUCAUCAAGCAUGUUCAAGUGCCCGUCCAUGUGCCCGUCGAUCGUCCAGUGCAAGUUAAUGUACCCAAGCCCUACCAAGUCACCGUAGAGAAACCCUACCCCGUUGUUGUGGAAAGAAAGGUACCCGUACAAGUGCCCGUUCGUGUAGAUCGUCCCUAUCCCGUGCCCGUAGAUCGUCCCUAUGAAGUCAAAGUACCCGUAGAAGUACCUCAACCCUACACCGUUGAAAAGCGUGUACCCUAUGCCGUCGAUCGUCCCGUACCCUACCCCGUUAAGGUGCCCGUCGAUCGUCCCGUUCCUGUUGCAGUUACCAGACAUGUACCCGUAACAGUUGAAAGACCAGUGCCCGUACCCGUAGGUGUACCCGUUGUAGCCGGCCACUCAGUAGUACAACAUGGUGGCGGUAUUGCCCUCGGUCAUGGCGGUGGCGGCAUUGCCUAUGGUGGUGGCGGUAUUGCCUAUGGUCAUGGUGGUGGCGGUAUUGCCAUUGGCCAUGGUGGCGGUCAUGGUUUCUCCUCUGGCGGCCAUGGUUUCUCAUCAAGUGGUUAUGGUUUCUCGUCCAGUGGUCAUGGUGGCUCCGUUAUUUCCGACGGUCACGGUUACCACAAAAAGAAAUAAGUCUUCUGUCCGCUCUAGACUUCAUUUCAUCUAAAAAUCCCAAAAAAACAAAGUGUAAAUGAUUUCUUUUUGUUGUUCAACAAAAAAAACAACAAUAUAACAUAACAAAAAACUAGUUAUAAUUAUUCUAACCUCCCCCCUCCCCACAUGCCUCAACUCCUGUCCCUCUUUUUAUUUUCUAUUGUGAAAAUUCUUUAUUCAAAAAGAAACUUUGCCACUAGGUAUGCUGAUCUUUUUCUGCUGGCCUCAUGAAAUUAGUUCUGCCGUAAAGCAAAAGUUAAAUGUUUGGGAAAGAACAAACACCAACACUGCCACUUAGAAUUUAAGAAAAAUCCAAUCAUCAAAAUAUCUUAAUUUCUAAAACGGAAUUUCAAGACUUUAAAAAUAUUAUUUCCCCACCCCCCAACUCUUUACAAAACUAUGUUUUUAUAAUAAACCAAUUAUUAUAAAAUUGUUUAGUUCCAGUAAUUCUUAAUUAAUUGCAUGAAUUUCUUCCUAAAAUGUUAAACAAAAAUUGUGAUAAAUUCGUUAAAUUUGUUUCAUUUUGAAAGGAAGACCAGCUUGUAAUAAAUAACAUACGUUAAACACGUACAUAACAUGGUUAUAAUAUUUUCUAUUUAAAAAAAUCUUUGUUUUUUAAUAAUUUUUUUCAAAAAUUAUUUUUUUCUAUUUAUUUUUUAUUAAGUUUUUAUUUCCCUUAAAUUUUUCUUGGCUUAUUGUGGUGAUUAAAUUUGUUUGUUACCAGCAGAAAUAUCUUUAAUUGUUUGUAUAUUUUUUUUGUGUAUAAAUUAAUUUUUUUUCUUAUGUUAUUAUUAUGAAAUAUAUAAUUUUUUUUUAUUAUAAAAAUUGUAAAUAAGUUUAUUAAGGAGAAACAAUGUUUUUAAAAAUGAUGACAAAAAAAUUUAAAUAAAUGUAUAAAAUAAAAUAUUUAAAAAAUAUAAAA